AUGGGAGCCUUUGCUCCCUGGGUGCAAGCAGGCGGGAUGACGUCACCCUUGAUGACGUUACCAACGUCGUCAGAGCCCGAGCAGCGCCCUCAUUUCCCAAGCGGGGCGCCUAGUUUCGUUGCCGUCCCUGAGCCCCAUGCUGUGUCAUCCGGGCAGGUUAGAAUCGGUGGCGCGGAAAGCGAGUCAAGUUGGGACAGCCUGAUUGCUGCGGUCCUCAACCAUGGCCCGGUUCUAAACCUGGGGCAAGGCGGUGAGGAAGUGGCCAAUGGGAACCGGUUAUCACCAGUGCGGGAGUUUCCACUGUCCCCGUCACUGUUCAAGCCGGUUAAGGGGGGCAUACAAAGUCCAAGUCUCAAACCGGAGGUCCUAAAGAUGCUGCUGUCAAAACCCCAGAACCGCCCUGUCAUGCAAAACCAGGAACGCAUUCACACGAGCGUUCCACGAGUUGCAGCGGUGGGUGUGAACAGCCCCCUAGAGGGAGCAAACCCGCUGCCGAGCCCGCAGGUUCCGGCCAGCCGGAGCGGCAGCAAUCCGACCCUUCCAAUCAAAAAGCGGGCACAAUCUAACGGCAGUGGGACUGCCACGUCAUUGUCACAGGGACCCCCACUGAAAGUCGUUGCUUCCGAAGGGAUCAACAGCCCGUGCCUUCCGGAAACCAAGCCGUUUCGGAGCGGGGACAGUGAGAGCACUAACCCAAGCCAGGGUUUGCUUAAGUCAGUGUCAGAUACGAGCAGCCAAAGCGUCAGUCCUCAGCGCCGGCUUCGGAACGGGUUAGCGAUAAUCCCAAACCAGCGGCAGAGUGCACCGCUUGACAAGAACUUUGGGCCGAAGCAGCAGUUCGAGGACCGAAAGCGACCGGACGAAACGGACGUUCUGAAGAUGAUGCUGUCUGCCCGAGAGAAAGAACUAGAGGCGGUGCGCCGGGAGCGCGACGCGGUGCAGCUGAUGGCGUGCGCGACCAAGUCGCUGCUGGAUCGGAAGGACGAGGUGAUCGAAGCGCUGAAGGAGCGCGUUGCGGCGCUCGAGGUGCAGGUUCGAAGCCACGUGGCUGGCCACGUGGGGGGCCACGUGGGGGGGCACGUGGGCCCCACAGAGAGCGAGGAGAUAGCGCUGGCGGCGUUGACGGGCCUCCAGGGGGAGGAGAAAGCCCGCGUUGCUAGUUUCCGCAAGCCGCGGACGCCGUCGGUUACGGUGACUGGGGGAAGGAUGCAGCGGAUCCGGAGCUUCUCUUCUCCCCUGGGGCGGACAGACUCGAAGUCGAACCUGUGGCACAAGGAAAGCGCGCAGGGCCGGUUCGACGAGCGGUCGAAAGCUGACGGUCGAACGCCGCAUGGCGCAAACGGGCAGGGUUCAAAUUCGACGGAGCGGCCGAUCGAAGAUUCGAGGGGACAGUCGGACGUGCUCGAAGCCCUGAUGGCGCUGCAGGGGGGGCGCCAAGAAGCGUCUGUUUCGGGAGGGGGGUCAGAGUCAAGCGGGGAAGCGCGUCUGUUGAAACAGUCAGGAGGGGCUCUGCCGGGGGAGAACCUCGGACCUAGGUCGGGAGUCAGAGGGAGCGAACCGGGGGGUGAGGCCCUAAGAAAGAAGAGGAAGCUGGAGGCCGGGGAAGAGCUGUCUUCCGGCGAGGAGGAACCGGGGGAGGUCAUCGCGUCUCCAGUCCUCUUGCGACUACCAGUUAGCCCGUUCAGCCGGCACCUCAAGAAUGCAAAGACGGCCGCCUCCUCACCGGACCAUGCCGACUCCACAGACUCGGACCGCCCCAUCUCCCCGGCCUUCUCCCCCGGGCAGCCCCGGUACGCACCGGGCGUGCACCGGGUCACCAUCAGCAGCAAGCUCAUGCCCAGGGUGCGCGCGCGCUACUCCUUCGUGGUCGACGCGCGGGGCCGUCGCAGCACCGAAAAGGAUACGUGUCAGAUCGUGUGUACGAACCACUGUCCGCAAGGACGCAACUCGUUCGCGUCGCUGUCCGCUUUCACGAAGCGGCACGGGGACGGCGUCGGGAAGAGCUGGCGGCGGAAGCUGGUGCUCAUCGACGGCCAGGAUCGCGCCGCGGGCAGCCUGUCUCGCUUCUUGAACGGCCUGGAUGACAAGUGA